GAUAAAGGCAGGGCCUGGUCCCUGCUCGCUGUCUGCUGGAGCUGCAGCAAUGUGGGCGGCCCUUCUCCUCCUGCUGUGGCUGAGCCCUGUGGUCUCCCAGUUGAACAUAGGCAGUUGCUCCCAACCGAACCCCCUCUGCUGCCAGGGAUUCAAUCACAGCUGCAUCAGGGGAACCUGCUUCUGCGAUGACUACUGCAUCAAUAUCUCAGAGUGCUGUGUGGACUACAGAGCUGUCUGCCGCCCCAGUGACUCCCGUAGGUCCAUGGGUGGCAGAGGCCAUCCCGAGACCCUACUCUGUCCAUGUGCCUCUCGGGGACAAGAUGGUGCUACGUAUGGUGCUGAGGAUACAGAGCCCUCCCUGCCCUGACAGCAGCAAUCCAGACUUGGUGCAGAGCAUGACCCCAGCCCCAGCGGACCAUGCCCACUGGUGACGACAAACACCACUAAGGUGCUUACCGAGAUGCCAGGGAUCAGCACAAGCUUGGAGGAAGCCUUCCUGACCACUGACCUUGCUAAGACCACAGCACCAGGCCGCCUUUCUGUGGAGACUCCAACCCUGGGCACUGAGACCCUUUCCAAGACCUUAACCUCAGCUGCCGCUGCUUCCAAAGAAGAGACCAAGGACACUCGGACCAUUUCCCUUGCUCAGACACCUGGGAAGUCCAGACCACCUUUUCCUGUCACAAAGUUCAGGGACACACAGACCCCUUUCCCUGACACAGAAACCAGGGACCCCCAGACCACCUCCCCUGUCACAGAUACCAGAGACACCCCAACCAUUCCUUCUGCAUCAGAGAGCAGGUAUACCCAGACCAUUUCCCCGGCAUCAGAUUCCAGCACACUCACAAAAAUAAUCCCUUCUGACCCCAUGGCUGCAAUCACCUUCCCUGUAGAGACUUUGGCCACAGGCAGCAGCUCCAUGAGGACUAGAGAGACCACAGUUGAGGCUCAUCCAGGCAGGAACCCCAGGAAAGUCAUCUCUGACACCCUUUAUACCGAUGACAGCUCUGAGGAGGCAAGAUGGAUCACAACCAACAUCUUGACACUGGUGCACACCACUGGGGAAGCUGAGAGCCUGUCCUCCUACAGCAGAUUUUCCUCAGACAACUCUGUGGCCAUCAUCACCACCUCCCAAGCCCUGGGUCCUGACAUUGCCACCCCCAGCAAGGCCUUGGCCCCUUCCAGCACUACCCACAAUAAGUUCCUCAGGAAGACAGAAACAGCUGCCGUCAUCUCUGGGACUUCAGACACAGAUCACAGCUCCACGGGAGUGAAGGUCUUGUCCACCUCUGAGACAUCAGUUUUGUCUGCCUCCACUGAGGCAAAGUCACCCAGGCCCAGCCCCACAUCCCCUGCUGAGACCCUGUCCACAGCCAGUGCCUCAGAGUUAGCCACCCCCAACACCACCCUUGAGGCCUCACUGCCCAAUAGCACCACAGAAACAGAAGUAACACCAGGCUCGACCCCUACCCCUGGGGAAACUCAGGUGACAGUUAGCAUGGCCCCCUUGGGAGAAACCUCAGCCCUCUCUCAACAGAGCUACACCACGGUGUCAGGAGCAGUUACAGUCUCCGCCAAGGCUGCGUCAACAGUGGACGAAAUGACUUCCUCUGCUGGAUCUCCAGCUUCAGUCUCCAGCUUUUCAGAAGGGCCCACCGUCACGAACUCCACCCUUUCAGAGACUUUUACCACAGAAGACACAACCAGCAGAGCUGUCUCCACCAGCAGGGGCCUUUUUCUUUCUGUCCAUCUGACUACAGCCAGCAGCAGCCAAGAGACAAACAUCUCAGCCAUGACCAUGACCUCACCAAAAACCCCUUCAGAGACUUUUACCCCAGACAGGGCCUUCCCCACCAGCAGCUCUCUUUCUCCUGUCCAUCUGACUACAGCCAGCAGCGGCCAAGAGACAAGAGUCACCUCAGCCAUGACCAUGACCUCACCAAAGGCCGCUUCAGAGACUUUUAUUACAGAGGGCACAACCAGCAGGGCCUUCUCCACCACGAGCAGCCCUCUUUCUUCUGUCCUUCCAACUACAGCCAGUCUCAGUCAAGAGACAACCGUCAUCUCACCCUUGACCAUGACCUCACCAAAGGCCCCUUCAGAGACUUUUACCACAGAGGGCGCAACCAGCAGGGAUUUCCUCACCAGCAGGAUCUCUCUUUCUUCUGUCCUUCCAACUACAACCAGCAGCAGCCAAGACACAAGAGUCACCUCACCCAUGACUGUGACCUCACCGAAGACCCAGAGGAAGCCCCCAACAGCCAUAUCCUCCACUGUUUGGACAAGGCUGACUCCAGAAGUUACUGCAGGUGGAGAUGGAGGCUUCCUCCUCAUGAGGCUGAGAGUGGCCUCCACAGAAGACCUCACAGAGCCUACAAAGGCAGAGAGGCUGGUUCAGCAGCUCCAGUGUGAACUGCAAGCCAGCUUGCCUGUUGCCCAACUCUCCUUACUGCAUGUCCAGAGAAGCUGAAGAAUAUCAGCUGCAGCCAGGCGAGUCCCCUGUGCCAGAGGAACAACCCAAAAGGAACUAUACCCUGAGCCCGCCGACAGACUAGAGCUGCGUGACUGUGCUGAUGUGGACCCAGAAAGUUCCCACGAAGGUCAGCUGGUUCAACCCCUUACCCGGAAGUGAUUGCAGGAUCCUGGCUCACUUCUGUGUGGAGAAGGGGCUUCCCCUGUGCCCAGCAGUGUCCUUCACUCCCUGGGCCCAUGCGUUAUAGUCAAUAAAGACAGACCUGAUCCCUCAUC